AUGAAGUUCCUCCUACUUAUCUCCAUCUUCGCUGGAUCGAUGCCUUCCACCCUCGCAUCAGCACUUCUCCCCCUGCGCACCCGGCAGAGCACACAAUGGGAAUAUACCUGCCCCUCAGGUCUCGCUCCGCCUUCUGACUUCAAAGCCUUCAAUCUCGGCAACUGCGGCGCUCAACUGGCCAUGACCAAGGACCGCUACACUGCCGUGAUGUGGAAGUUCGACGCCGUCUACGCAGAUGGCAGUCGCGUGACUCAGACUCCAUUCCGGGAUUUCAACACCUUCGGCGUCAGCGAUCCGCUCUAUCCUUCCCUCGGAAACAACUUUAUCACGCGCUUUCCGGGUAGCUCGGCCUUCACCGCUGUGCAUGAAUUCACCAACGUCUGCAGAGGAGGCCAAGCACCCGUGGCCUGGAUCUUCUACACAACAGCGAAGACCUGCUCCAGGUCGACCUUCACCAGCGGACGAAUUCCCGUCUUCAACGGCGGAGCCACCGUCACGCGACCCGCCCUAGUCCCCGACGUCUCUCUGCGCAGAGUGAACGACGCGGGUGAUUUCGAGGCCAGCUGGUCACCUGCUGCUGGUGCCGCCGCCUAUUCUGUGAUGGUACAAUACCCCAUCGGGACUGAUGAUGCGGGGGAUCCGUAUCUUGACGUUCGAGGUGCGCGUGUCCCGAAGGGACGCACCAAUACGACGGUCGCUACUACUACUCGAAGGCGCGAUGUGGCUCGGAAGGUAAUCGUUCAUGCCGUGGAUGAUAAAGGCUUGUGGUCGUUCACGAUCAACGUCCGCGCCGUGGAAGGGAGCUGGUAA